UAUCACUUUUAAAUCGUCAGGUAGUUUGUCAGAAUAUUAUUUUUCAGAUGCAUCAGUUUCACUCGUUACUUGCUGGAACAGAAGACUAAAAUAAAGUGAAGUCAAGUUAAAAUACCUAAUCAGAAACAAACCUGCUCAGGUGUUCUCAGGUCUGAGACCUGGCUCAGGUAGCCGGAGCAUCUGAGCUCCAAUCCUCUGUUUUGCUGACGCUGGAUUUAACCCCGUUAGCAGAUAAUCCUCCUCGGGCCACAUUAACAGCUUUAACCUGGAGCUGCUGCAAUCUGCUCCCAGCUGGGCGGCUGGCAACGACACCGCAAACAAGACUCACAUUCAAAACUGCUUCAAACCACCUUAAAACACAUCCGUGUAUCAGAAAAUGUGUCCAAACUAAAGAGACAUUAUUUUCUCUGCUGGAGGUGAAGAUGUGAGAGAAUCAGAGUCGACCAAUCAGGACGAGGUUUACUGCUGAAGUGCUUUGACUGACUUGUGCAAAACAAAUGAAGUUGCAGCUGUUGAGGCUCGGCAGUUGUCAGUCACACCAUCAGGACUGAAGCUUUAAUCCAAUUUCUACAUUAAAACAACCCUCUGUGAUCUCUCAAACCCAAACAACUGCUGCUCCCCCCUCAGCCAGAACCAGGACCAGGUGACGACAGACAGCAAAGCAGUUCUGGUUCUCCGGCUUGUUUCAAUGGGCCUCAACAAAAUGUACCGUCACAAAUCACACAUGGAAAAAGAGACUUGAGAUAAAAAGGAUCUAAAUCAGGGACAGAAGUUAGACUCCAGGAGCAGACAGCUCGGCUUCAAUACCAGAACCAGAAUCAGACUCAGUGCUGACAGAGCGAUGUGACUCUCCGGACUGGACCUCACCACCAUCGUCCAAACGCCACAUGAGGGAAAAUCUUUUGGAAGAAACGUGUUCGUCCCUCGGGACUGCAGAGACUCAGUACAAGGACGAUAGAUUAUAAUCUGGACCCGGUGUCAGAGGCAGCGGCCCGUUAAAGCUGCUGAAUCAUGCAGCCAAAAAGCUCAAUGUUUCUAGCUAUAAAUGACCCAGAUCUCCUGUGUUGUGUGAACAUUAGAGACUUACAGCAAGUUUAGCUCCCGGCUAACUUGAAUACAGACUGAAUACUUUAAUGUUGUGUCUCUUCUUUCCAAGUGUUACUGGACUGAAUGGAUCAGAAUCUGACGGUGAGACGCUCUAGAAGAAGAUUUAACAAACUUCUUUCUCAAUGUAAGCUUAUGGGAAAAGUGUUUUGGGGGCCCAGAGCUUCACGUGACCGUGUUAUUUCACAGUUUGGCCACUACGGGUGUUGGUCUGAAGAUUGGUGCUCUUCCUCGGCCGAAGCUGUUCUGAUGAAAUGAAAACUGUUCGUCUCGACGAUAGACAAGGACGUCUUCAGUGUCGCUGUUCAUCCUCUGGCCCUUAUGUCUUCUAAAAUAACCCACCAGUAGUUCUGUGACCCGUAGUCCGGUUAUCCUGAGGCUCCCUUCUUGUUUCAGGGUUGGAGAGUGUAAUCUGCGUCCCACCCUCUCCCAGCUCGCUCUGCCCUUCACUUCCUCAGUAAUCCUGUUAGCAGAGCUCCUCCAUAAUCCUCCCACAGUGUUCAGAUCGCUGCAGGUCUUCACAGUUUCUUCAGCACUGCUCUGUGGGAUGCUGCUGGACCCUGACUGAACAACUCAGGAUGUUGAGUUGGGUGGUCAAAGUCGUUCCCCAGCCGCCGGAGCCCCCGAACAAAAAGACAGAUGAGCAGAAGGAGGAGCCACCGGCCGCAGCCCCGCCCCCUGCCCAAGAGAAGAAAGUGAAAUUUCAAGAUGAAUGCACAACUGAGGCACCGAAAGCUGACAAACCCAAGCAGGAGGCCCAGGCAGCAGAGGAGAACGGCCCGGCUGCUGGUUCUCAGCCCGGUGUGUUGAUGUGGAUCAGCGGCGCUCUGCCUCAACCUCCAGUUUCACCGAUGCUGAGCCGGUCCAACUCGACCACCAAGGAGGAGAGUCCAGACGCCAGCUGCUGGACGUUGUUCUCUCCUCCUGUGGACGACAGCAAACCUGAAGACGAGAAAGGGAUGAUCGCCUGGAUCGCUCAGGGUCUGGAGAAGGUUGUUCCUAAACCCGAACUGAAGAGCAAAGAGUCAGCAGGAGCCGAUCAGCCAGCCGAGGUGCAGCCGACAGCACCGACACCAGCAGCACCAGCUGAACCAGCAGCACCUGCGACACCAGCUGCCGAGCCUCAGGUGAGCGCUGCAAAGGUGGAAACAGAGCGAGAGGACAAGACGGACAACAAGCCUCCUCAGCCCAGUGUGAUCGUCUGGAUCAAACAGGGGAUCGAGAAGGUGGUUCCUCAGCCGGAGAUCCACCCGAAGACAGACGCUCCUGCUGCAUCUAAAGCAGAGGCUCCGGCAGCAGAACCUCCUGCAGCAGCCAAACUGGCCGCCGACACGGAGAAGUCGUCCAAAGAAGCCGAGCCGCAGCCCAAUGUGGUCGGCUGGAUCUUAGGCGGGAUCGAGCGCAUGUUGCCUCAGCCGGUUCAGAAGCAGGACUCAGGCGGUGACGAGGUGCAGAGCAUCAGCAUCGUGCAGCAGAACACGGACCUGGUGCUGGAGGACGUGGAACAAGGAGACAAGCAGGAGGUGAACAAGGAGUCAGAGGACAAAGAGAACCUGCAGCCGACGAAGGAGACGACAGAAGAUGCGGGAACCCAGAUGGACCAAUCACUGAUGGACAGCAUCAAGAAGGAUGCUGAAGAAGCAGUGUUAGCUCACCUGGAGGAAAGACUGCAGCAGGAGCGUCUGGAGGCGGCUCGUGUUGCAGAGGAGAUGGCAAGGAAGGCUGCAGAGGAGGCCGUCCGACAGCUGGAGGUGGAGCAUUCAGCCAAGAUCGUUAUCGAAACGCUGCCAGAGUCCAAUGAGCAACUGCCCAACAUCCUGGAGGAGGAGAAUGAGGACGACCCAGAGUGUCUGGUGGACGUCUGUCCAGCUGAAGACGAAGUCACUCCUUCGUCGACAGACGUGGAGCCGGCCUCGGAGAGGAGAGACCCGGAGAGUCCGGUCUCACAACCCAUCAUCCAACAACCGGAACCACAAGCUCCAGAGGCCCCGAGCAGCGACACGGAUCAGGCCGGUGCAGCGGCAGCAGCAGGUGAAGAAGAAGAAGAAGAGGAAGAAGUAGAAGAAGAUGGAGGAGGAGUUCCCGACAUUUGCUCUCCGAUAAAGAGCCUCCUGCUUCGAUUCCCUCCCGCUGCCGAGUGUCUGGAGAGCUGCAGGAAGCUGAUGCGUGACCACGACCUCGCCCCUCCCAAGCUGCCAACCCUGCCGCCAGAGCUCGCCCAGCUGACCCGGGAGCUGUCGCAGCUCCCCGCGCAGGCCCGCCAGUGCUGCAUGACCAUCGCCAGCCGCUUCAGACGCCUUAACUCCAACUCCCAGGAUCCUCAAAACCUGAUAGACGCCUCCUGUUUGUGUAGAUCUGAACCUUUAAAGUGCCAAACAAACCAUAACACCGUCUGCCUCAUCAUCAUCACUCCCAUCAUGCUCUGCUGCUCCGUGCUGCUUCAACACGCUGCAGGUGGAGGUUUGGGUGGAGCUCCGGGGCUGACGGUGGAGGGUGUGGAUCAGGACGGCCUGAACAUCCCCCAGAUUAUCACCACCCCAGAACCAGGAUCCAGUUCUGUGACUGUCCCAAAGCCCAGCCCGUCAGGUGAUCUGUCUGCAGACGAGGAGGAGGCGGAGCUGAUGACGAUCCAACAGGGAGACCUGCUGACUGCAGAGGACAGCACUCGUCCUCUGUCGGCAGCCAGCGUGGGCAGCGUGGUGAUCCAGGACCGUCUGACCCAGCUGGUCGGGCUCUUUAAAGGUCGGACAGAGCGCCAACGGGAGCGACUGGCGGACCCAGACGAGUCCGAGGAAGAGGAACCAGCAGCUGCUGCUCCUCCUCCUCCUCCUCCUCCUCCUCCUCCUCCUCCUCCUCCUGCAGGAGAAGAAGAGAAGAAGGACGAAGCUCCUGCAGAAGAAGAGGAGGAGCAGAAGGAGUACGAGCUCCCCUUUACAAUUUUGGGACAACCAGUUAAAAUUCCCAAACUGCCCAAACUGCCCAAACUUCCGGCGCUGCCCGAAUGGCUCCGGGUCAUCGUGGAGUACCAGUUCCCCUCCAGCAUCGACCCGUACACCGAUCUGAUCUACGUCAUCUGGCUCUUCUUCGUGGUGGCGGCGUGGAACUGGAAUGUGUGGCUGAUCCCGGUCCGCUGGGCCUUUCCCUACCAAACCGACGAGAACAUCCACCUGUGGCUGCUGGCCGACUACACCUGCGACCUCGUCUACAUCACCGACAUCCUCGUGUUCCAGCCCAGACUCCAGUUCGUCCGUGGAGGAGACAUCGUGUGUGACAAAAAGGACAUGAGAGAAAACUACAUGACCACCGAGAGAUUCAAGAUGGACGUCAUCAGUCUGUUUCCCAUGGAGAUAUUUUAUUAUUUCACCGGCGUGAACUCUCUGCUGAGGUUCCCUCGCCUGCUGAAGUACAUGGCUUUCUUUGAGUUCAACGACAGGAUGGAAGCUGUGAUGAAGAAGGCGUACAUCUACAGGGUGAUCCGGACCUCCACCUACCUGCUGUACUCUCUGCACAUCAACGCCUGUCUCUUCUACUGGGGCUCCGACUACGAGGGUCUGGGAUCCACUAAGUGGGUCUACAACGGAAAAGGCAACGCUUACAUCCGCUGUUACUACUUUGCGGUGAAGACGUUGAUCACCAUCGGAGGCCUGCCCGACCCGACCACCGUCUUUGAGAUCUGCUUCCAGCUCAUCAACUACUUCGUUGGCGUCUUUGCGUUCUCCAUCAUGAUCGGGCAGAUGAGAGACGUGGUCGGAGCUGCCACAGCCGGAGAGAACUACUACCGGGCCUGCAUGGACAGCACCGUCAAGUACAUGAACUCCUACUACAUCCCCAACGAUGUCCAGAACCGCAUCAAGACCUGGUACGACUACACCUGGAAGAGCCAGGGCAUGCUGGAUGAACAGGAGCUGCUGAUACAACUUCCUGCCAAGAUGAGGCUCGACAUCGCCGUGGACGUCAACUACGCCAUCGUCAGUAAAGUCGCCCUGUUUCAGGGCUGUGACAGACAGAUGGUGUUUGACAUGCUGACGAGGCUGAAGUCUGUCGUCUACCUGCCCGGAGACUUCGUCUGUAAGAAGGGGGAGAUCGGCAGGGAGAUGUACAUCAUUAAGCAGGGGGAGGUCCAGGUGGUGGGCGGUCCUGACCUGCAGACGGUGUUUGUCACCAUCAGAGCCGGCUCAGUGUUCGGAGAGAUCAGUUUGCUGGCGGGAGGCGGAGGGAACCGACGGACGGCUAACGUGAAGGCGCAUGGAUUUGCUAACCUCUUCAUCCUGGAUAAGAAGGACCUGGCUGAGAUCUUAGUUCACUACCCAGAGUCCCAGAAACUCCUCCGCAAGAAGGCCAAGACCAUGUUGACAAAGGAUGCAAAGCCCGCUGAGAAGCAAGGAAAAGAGGUGGUCCAGGUGAUCCCGCCCAGACCGGACACACCCAAAAUGUUCCAGGCAGCUCUGAAGGUGACGGAAAUCUCCGGGAUCAAGGGAACCUUUGCCAAACUGAGAGAGACCUACAAACAGUCUGAGGACCCAGAGGGUUCCGUCCCUCCGCCCUCUCCGACUCACCGCCGCUCUCCGAUCCCUCGCUCUCUGGUUCGGGACGAUGACGACGCCGUGUCAGAGACAGCCGACAGCUCGGUGGUCAUCAGGAUGACGCCACGCCAGGAGGGAGAGGAGGUGCUCAGUGUGGAGGUGAAGCGUGGGGAGGGAGAGGAGCAGGAGAAGAAGACGGGGGAGGAGUGAUCUGACGGGACAGAUUCUGCUUCCCAGAAUGCCUUUCAGCGACCUGGUGGGUGUCAGGUGGAGAGAGGAGGAGGACAAACCCCAGUGCAUUCUGGUCUGAGUCCAGCUGCUUCUUCUUCUCUGGUGGAUGAACUGUGACUGAAAACACGAGUCAGCAAAAAGCUCAAACAUCUCAGAUAUUUUUUUAAUUGAAUUUUCUUCUUCUGCUGUUUGUUCGUUUCCCUCACGAGCGUCUUCGUCUGUCCUGCUGAGGCUGCGAGGACGGAGAGCGAGGAGGCGGCCCGUCCUCGCCGUCGCCUGUAGUCUGCCGUCUCCAUGGAAACUAUGUGUACACAUUAAGUGAUGUCCAGAUGCUGGUAUUGAUAACGGAUGUUGACCCAAAACCUCCAGACGACACAGAACCAACAGUUCUCAUGUGCUUGUAGUUGUUUACCUCUGUGUUUGAAUUAAAGGAGCAGU